UUAUUAUUGUUAUUAUUAUUAUUACUCUACCACGUCAUUUAUUCACCCUCUCUUAUUCCUACUUUAUAUAUGCGUUUCGACCUAGACAGCAGCUCACCUAUGGUGAAAAUUCAGCUUUAUCUAUACGUUCCCGAGUCACUGCCUGGUUGAAAAUUGUAUGUUACUACCGAACAUGAGUACUGAAGCAGUUUUUCUGAAACCGCGUGCACCAUUCAAACUGGCUACCUUCAACGUUCGCACACUUAUGCAGGUCGGACAACAGAUAGGACUGGCUAUGUCUUUGGAAAGUCUUAAUAUUGAUGUGUGUUGUCUAUCCGAGACCCGUAUUCAAGACUCUAGUGAAGUACUACAAGUUCACUCUCCAUCUGUCACUUCAAAAAGCUUGUUUUAUGUGCGUUUAUCCGGGGACCCUGUGGCAUCUUCGUCUGGUCUUACUGGCGUUGGUAUCGCACUAAGCGCAAGAGCUGAGGCAGCACUAGUCGACUGGAUCCCCAUUAACAGUCGGUUAUGUGCUGUUAGAUUAGAAAGUUCCAUCAAAGUGAGAAGAAAUAGGCGUGAGAAACGAUGUCUUUUCGUCAUCUCCGCCUAUGCCCCGACAGAUUGCAGCCCGGAUGCAAUCAAGGACGAGUUCUACCAUCAGCUAACUGUUCUUCUCCAGAAAGUGCGUUCGACAGAUAUUGUAGUACUAGCUGGAGACUUGAAUGCUCAGGUCGGGCGUCUAGGCACAGAAGAGAGUCGUUUAGGUGGCCGAUGGGGACUCGUUGGUCGCAGGACAGAUAACGGGGAACGUCUACUGCAAAUAUGCACAGACCACAACCUGUUUCUGGCUAGCACUAACUUUCGGCACAGUCAUCGCCGAUGUGCCACCUGGCGUCCCUCUUCUACAUCUCAAGCCUGGACUCAGAUUGAUCACAUCGCGAUCAGCUACCGCUGGCGUGGUUGUGUACAAGACUGCCGCUCCUUUUGGAGUACCUAUCUGGAAUCUGAUCAUGCUCUGGUCUGCGCCAAUCUUACCUUACUUUUCAGUGGACAACGAAGUGACCGCCACCAAAGGAUUGAUGUUAGCAAGCUGGCUGCAACUUCUGUUGCUAGUAAGUACCGAACCGAGCUAGCUUCUAGGCUAGCUACCAUUCCACCGAAAAGUAUAGAUGAGCAUUGGUUGCAAUUGCAUGACGCCAUGAAAAUGGCGGGUAAAGUCUGUUGUGGGUUUGCGAAACGUCCCGCUUACAAGCACUGGGUUUCUUCUGGUUCCUUACAACUGAUUGAAGCCCGUCGGUCUACUUCGGGUGACCGUGAGUUUGACCACAGACGAAGGAUGUUACGUAAUGAAAUCGGGCAAAGCUUGCGUAAGGACCAAGAAGCCUGGUGGUCGGAGCGUGCCAGUGAGUUGGAAGCAGCAGCUGCAUCUGGUAAUUACCGGAAGCUCUUCCAACUCAUCCGAGCCACUGGCAGCAAGAAGUUUGGUGUGAGCGAAACAAUCUGCGAGGAUGACGGAACGCCAAUCACUAACAUCCAUCGACGUCUUGGACGAUGGGCAGAAUUCUUUGAAGGGCAGUUCAACUGGCCUGCUGCUCCGGCAACAUCGGUCAGACUGUCCUGCCCUCCAUGGCCGGUGACGACUGAUCCACCAAAUGAGGCGGAAGUCCGCAAGGAACUCCAACUCUUGAAACGUUACAAAUCACCGGGCCCAGACGACUUACCUCCGGCUCUUUUUAAAGAUGGUGGUGACUUUUUGACUAAGGGACUGACGACGUUGUUUACAAAGAUCUGGGAACUAGAGAGUGUACCAACGUCAUGGAAUGAGUCGAUAGUUGUCCCUAUCUUUAAAAAGGGUUCACGUUGUUCCUGUAACAACUAUCGGGGGAUAAGUCUACUUCCGAUUGCGUCCAAGCUAUUGGCUUCCGUCAUACUUCGUAGGUUGUUCAGGACCCGAGAAGGAUUGGCUCGCGAGGAGCAGGCUGGGUUUCGUUCUGGUCGAGGAUGUAUUGAUCAUAUCUUCACCCUCCGCCAAGUGUUAGAACACCGCCAUACUUAUCAAAGGCCAACAAUAGUAGUGUUUCUUGAUAUCAGGGCUGCCUUCGAUUCGUUGGACAGAACUGUUCUCUGGGAUUGUCUAUUGAAGAAGGGUGUGCCUGAGAAGUUUAUUAACAUCCUAAAAGCCCUAUACACAAACACCUCAGGCAGAGUGAGGGCAUACAACCACCUUUCUCCGUUAUUCCAUUCGAGCAGUGGGGUUAGGCAGGGUUGCCCAAUAUCACCAUUCCUCUUCAACUUUGCCAGCGAUGACAUUCUGGAAACAGCUCUGACGGAUGUAAGUAAUGGUGUGGAUCUGUUGCCUGGAGAAAGACUUCUCGACCUUGAGUAUGCGGAUGAUAUUGUCUUACUGUGCGAGAAUGCCCAAGCUAUGCAAUCCGCACUUAAUCAGUUGGCAAUCAAUGUCCGUAGGUAUGGUAUGUGCUUUGCACCUUCGAAGUGCAAAGUACUUCUACAAGACUGGCAGGAUUCUAAUCCUGUACUCACUCUGGAUGGUGAGCAGAUUGAAGUAGUCGAGAAGUUCGUGUAUCUAGGUAGCUGCAUAAGUGCUGGUGGUGGUGUGAGUGAUGAGAUCAAUGCUCGUAUAGUGAAAGCCAGAGCGGCUUAUGCCAAUCUGGGUCAUCUUUGGCGCCUUCGUGAUGUUAGUCUGGCUGUAAAAGGUCGGAUCUACAACGCGACGGUGAGAGCAGUUUUGCUCUAUGCUUGUGAAACCUGGCCUCUCCGAGUUGAGGAUGUUAGACGACUCUCUGUGUUCGAUCAUCGUUGUCUCCGAAGGAUUGCUGGCAUCCAGUGGCAACACCAUGUCAGUAAUGCAGAGGUUCGGCAUCGAGUGUUCGGUCACAGAGACGAUAAUUCCAUUGGUGUCACCAUCUUGAAACACCGACUUCGGUGGCUUGGACAUGUUCUACGAAUGUCGUCCCAGAGAAUUCCACGUCGUGCAUUAUUUGCCGACUCUGGGACUGGUUGGAAAAAGCGGAGAGGUGGUCAGUAUAUGACAUGGUGUCGUGGUAUGAAAGAAAGCUGCAAAGGGCUGGCUUGUGUUGGUCCUUCACGACUCCCUGGUUGGGGUCCGAGAGACGGUGUAACGCAGUGGCUAGAGACGUUAUCAGAUAUGGCUAAGAAUAGAAGCCAGUGGCGAUCGUGCUGUAACCUCUUACUUUCUUCAUAAAAAGUGUUUAUAUCUUCCUUAACUGAAAGAUCUCUUCUGAUUGUACCUUUCCGUUUCCCCCACCAUUGUUCUCUCUCUCUCCCUUUUUUUUUAUAAUUCCCCACGUUCAUUACCUUUUUUUUUCUCUUUCCUCCUUCUCUUCAAACUAUCAUUGUUUUGUGUGGCGCAUAUAUAUUUGGUGCCCCUCUGUACCAAUAUUUAUGUGUUCAAAUAAAUAAAUAAACAAAUAUACUACUAUUUCCGUCAUUUCUCAAACAGUAGAAUGAUCAUAAGUGGGGUCCCUGUUGUCUCCUUUUUCCUCACGUAGGUAGGUAUUGGGUUAAUUUGCUGAAAAUGUGUGGUAUUUUUCGUCUGAUGAAAAUAUAGUAGAUUGAGUUAGUUUCCAGCCUAGAACACACAUGUUAAAAUGGGAUGCCUCAGACCCAUUCUACUCAUUGCAUUCUUACAUUGGCUCGUACACGUCGGUCAAGUUUCCGGUUGAUUUAUAUUUUAACUUAAUAGCUAUCGUUAAAAGCGUCUAGAGACAAACCUUCAGAACAUUUGCCUUGUUCUAGUUCAAUUUCUUCACAGCUUUUAUGAUAGUAAUAGUGAUAUAAUGUUGUCUCACUCAAAGUGUUGGUUCAGUGCUCUACUGAGUCGUUUAAAAAUUAAAAUUUUCUGUUUUGAUAUUUCAAGCUACUCUCCUCAAGAGUAACGUACUUUCUUCGGCGACAAUUCAGCUAAACGUUGCUGCUUAGAUACAUACAUGAACAGUACGAAAAGUCCUGAGAUAUCCAAAUAAUCAGUUGUAUCACUUAAAUAAGAUUGAGCAAAUAGGAUCAUUGGUUUUAUGUUUAUUUCGAAGAUAAUUUGAUAGAAUUCAGUGCGCCUGGCAGAAGUUUAGUAUUUCAUUCUUUUUGGUGGUUUCUGGAAUUCCAUCUUGCAUCGUUUUUGAAGACUAUAUUUGAAGAUAAAUUUUAGUAGACUAAUGGCGUCCAUGUUCGUAAUAGUCAUAUAU